AUGAUACGUACAAAUCCAGAAAAUCAUUUAUUACAUUAUAAGCAAUUGCUAAAUCAAUUUAUAGUUGAUAUGUAUGCAAAAAUUGAAAAUGAACGUUUACGCUAUAUACGAUGCAAUCAAAAAGCUCUUAAAGUUGAACAGUAUAUUCAUUUAAAAGAUGCAUUUGAAAAUGAUGAAAAUGUUUCAGAUAUUGGUCAAAAAUGUAUAUUACCAGCAAGUUUUAUAGGUAGUCCACGACAUAUGCAUGAAUAUAUACAAGAUGCUCUUGUUACGUUAGACAUAAUGGAAAGCCAUGUUUAUUCAUUACAUUUACAUGUAAUAUUCGAUGGACAGAAAUCACCAAUUUAUUGUUGGCUGAUCAGCAACCAAGUGAUCGCCAUGACUUAA